AUGUCACAACCACUUACAUUUUCGAAAUCAGAAUCCGGACUGAUCUCAAUUAUCACCCUGAACCAACCAGAGCAGUUGAAUGCCCUGGAUAACCAACAAUACUUGGAACUCGGUAAGCUGAUUGAAAAGGCUGAUAGGGACCCAGACACUAUAAUCACACUAAUCAGAUCUUCUGGAAGGUAUUUCAGUGCAGGUGCUAACAUUUCAGACCCCAGAAUAUCCAGUUUUGAUCCUGAUGCAGAAGGCGCCGAAGAUUUAUACUCAUACUGGUUGAGCAAGUUUGUGAGUAGAAACGUUUGGUUGACUCAACUAUUUCUUAAUCAUUCAAAAGUUCUUGUUGCAGCGUUGAAUGGACCAGUUAUUGGAUUGACAAGCGCCCUGGUGGCGACAUGCGAUCUGGUUUAUGCUAUGAAUGAAAAAGUAUUUCUAUUGACUCCAUUCUCUAACCUUGGUCUGGUGUGCGAAGGCUCAGCAUCGGCCUCCUUGGUUGUCAAAUUGGGUGUGGCUAAAGCCAAUGAGGCCAUUUUGAUGUCCAAGCCAAUUACAGCAAGCGAACUGUACAGAUUGGGAUUCUUGAACGAGCUUUACGAUAUGCAGGACGUUCAAGAGUUUAAUGUUAAGGUAGAACGUGAACUAGAAUUCCGGUUUAACAAGUUGGUGAAACAAUCAGUAUUAGAUAAUAAGAAGCUCAUCAAUGCUACGUUGCUGAAACAAAUGGAACAUUCGAACGUCACAGAAGCUAUUGUUGGAUUCAAUAAAUGGGUCAAAGGGAUUCCACAAAGACGAUUUAGAGAACUGGCUGCAAAAGAUCUUAAACAUAAAAUGUAG